GAACACACAGGAGAGAUGCAUCAUUGGCCCCAUUUUACAGGUUGAAAAACUCAAGUCAAGAAAGUUAAGAUUCUUUCAAUCAUACCCAGAACGUAUCUGGCUCAGAGUAGGUUCUGUCGUCUGAUCUGAAGAGACUGAGUAUGUUUAAACUUUGCCUUCUAGGUUACAUAUGAGGAUAAUUUGCUAAAACAUCAAGCUAUGCAGAAAAACUCCAAGAGGAACAAUAAUUCAAGAGUUUCUGGCAUAGAAUUGAAUUCUGUGGAUGCUGAGAAGGAAAAAAAAGAGAGUCAAAAUAACUUUGUUGAACUGCUGCCUCCAGAAGUUACUUUUAAAAUUUUCAGUCAGCUAGACAUUCGGAGUUUGUGCAGGGCUUCAGUAACCUGCAGGAGCUGGAAUAACACAGUAAGAAACAGUGACUCCUUGUGGAAACCUCAUUGCUUGACUCUAAGAGCUGUGUGCCAAAGAGAAAUAGAUGAUGAUCUAGAAAGUGGAUAUUCCUGGAGAGUAAUACUAUUGAGGAAUUACCAGAAGAGUAAAGUGAAACACGAAUGGCUAAGUGGCAGAUACAGCAACAUAUGUUCUCCUCUGAGCCUACCAGAAAAAAUCAUGUACCCAAUGGAUGUAGAUACGUGGGGGGAAAUUCUAGAAGCAGAACUGGAAAGAUAAGCCAGAAAAUUACAAAGAUCUUGUAACUUUGAGACUUUCAAACAAAAAUGACUCUUAGGUUCAUUUUUUUGUUUACCAUUUUAAUGUUUAACAUUUAAAAGAAAACUAAGUAGAAAAUAUUAUGAAAGUCAAACUGUUUUUAUUCUGCACUUUCAUAAAAAUUUUUCUGGUUUUAUUGUAAGGUAGAAGAAUCAUGAAAUGUUGUGUAUGUAGGAAAUACUAUACGGAUAGAGUGAUUUCAAAAUGUAUUGCUUCAUAUAUUUGUAUCAGCAUAUUGCAGUACUCUAAUGACAAGAGAGUUUGAUUGAUAUUUUCUACUGAAUAGUAAUUCAAAAAUUCAGGAAACCAUUUGAAGAAACUGAUUAGAGAUUCAUUCAGCAGUAGACAUAAUUAGGCUCAUAACUGGAAGUAGACAACACUAGGAAGACUACCUGAAUGAAAUUAAUCACUAUAUUUAAAUGUAGAGUGUAAUACACUUAUAUUUCAAUAACUUUAAAAUAUCCAUUUCAGUGGAAUCAGAUUGAAUUGUCAAACAUUGAGCCCAUUUUAAAAUGUGUUAAACUUGUGGUUUAGUUUAAAAUUAACCUGACCAGAAGGCUAAAACUUGUGAGACUAAGAUUCCCAUUACUUGCCUACAGACCUGGAACUGUUCUCAGGGACAAUGGAAAGUUUCCGGUAACACUUGAACUGCCACACUGUUUUUCUUGGUAAAAGCUUUCUUUCUAACAGCCUUAUAGCACCAUCUAGUGUACUCCUCGUAGAUAACCAAGGCAAAGGACUUAAGGUCCUUUUUGUUUUCCUCACAUUUAAAAGAAAAAUAUAUAUAUUAUUUUAGAGAACGCUAUAUACCUGAUUUAAGUUUAUAGCUCUUCAGGAACCUUCAGUUUAACUUUAGUUCUCUUUUUCUUAAAAGUAGAUGGUAUAGUACUCACUAUACCAGAUUGUUCAUUCUGAAUCUGUGGUCAGCAUCAUAGUAAAAAGUGUUUACAAAACAUUUUAAGUUAGUAUGGCAUUUUCUUCUUAAAUUGUGCUCCAUAGCACAAAAAAGAAGCAUCCAGGAAACCUGUACCUAACAAAUGGACACAAUAUCAGAAAGAUGCCUCACUCUAUACAAAUUCCCUUUGUUGGAUCAAGCAGGUGAGGAUUGGCUGGAAGGGGCCUUGAAGAUCAGGCAGUGCAGUCUCUAGGACUAGUUAACAAUCCCUUCUAGAGAAAUUCCUCUCACCCUCCCACCCACCAAACUCUCUUCUUGGCAAACUCUUUUGUAAAACUUACUCUCUUGAUCUGGAAACCAUCUCUAGAUCCUACCAUUCUGGAUUAAGUGACCUUCAAUAGAGUUCCCAUAGUUCUUUGUACAUACCACUCUUAAAGCUGUCUACUACAUUAAAAUUUGUCUGCCUCCCCCGUUAGACUGUGAGCUUCUUGAAGGCAGGGACCAUUUAUUUAUUUUUAUGUUCCCCAAACCUGGAAUAUAGUAGGUAUUCCAUAAAGAUUUGUUAAAUUAUUUCUGUAUUAUUUAUUUUAAUCCUACCCAGAUUGUAUAAUAAAAAUAGUUUGCUAUAUUGUUAGUGGACAAGACUGUACUGAAAUGCAAUGUGCAACCCAUAAGGUAGAUGGGAUGCUUACUAUUAAUGGAAAUACAUGAAUAAUUGUUUUAGUCUUCUCAAAAGCUGUAAGAGAGAAACAGGAAAAUAGAAAUGUUUUGUUUUAUGUCUGGGAAUAAACACCUGAAAAUCAACUUAA